AUCCAGGUUUUCUUCGUCCGUCUCCGUCCUUUUUUGGUUUUCUGGAUUAUCGUGUUGGAUCGUCUCGUCUUCUGGCGAAGGGAUCGAUGUCAGCAAAAGAAAAGGCCUGUAAGAAGCGAUACUUGGCGAGACAUUUGGGUGGAAGGUCAGCGGUCGUGAAUGGGUCGGGGUUACACUGACGAGCAUGCGAUUCGAUCCAGAAGAUCCUCAGGGAUGCCUCGGGAUAGGAAGAGGCCAGAGGAGAGCGAAUGAAUGGAUGCGGAGGACGGGCGCCCUGGAUCAGCCUUGCCGAUGGAUAUACUUGCGAUGGUGAUAUUCCGAUGCGCGGUGAUGCCAUGCAGAGACUCGAGGGUUCCUGAAGAGCGAGUCUUGCUAAUUCCUUACUCAUGGACUCGGUCGCAAGUAUCUAGAGAAGGGAGUAUAACUCCAAGUAGGUACAGAGAAUCUACAUCAGGAAGAACUCACGGGACCGGCAUCACGGGCUCUCUUCCUCUCCCGGCACUUCUUCCGCCUCGUCGUUCUUCCUUUUCCCUCUUCCUUUCCAUCUCUCCGUCUCUCGGUCCAUCCAUUCCACAUCCAUUCAACAUCUAUCACCCUCCUAAAUCCAAUCAAUCCGUUCCUCUCCCCGCCGAUCGGCCAUCACACCGCCCCCAGAUCCGCCGCAUCUUAGCGCUUCUGCAAACGCCCUCCAUCCCGUCCAUCCUAUCGCCCGUUCCUCAUUUUCUCCUGGCGAAACAAGGAAACCUAGACCUAAAAUCCCGCUGCCCAACCCGUGAGGCUAAACCCUGCAGUGACCGAUCCAUCCGAUUAUUGAUUGGUCCUCUGUCCUCGAUUUCUUUUUUUCUUUCCCUGCGCCUGGGCAAAAAUUCGGAGACGUCCGCGCUGACUCGCUGCAAAAUCGCGCGCGCAGCCGUCUUUUUUGCCGGCUCCAUGCCUUCGGGCUUUCCACCUUACCCUGUAAGAUCCUGAUUGGUGUUUUUUCUGUUUUUCUUUUUCUCCUUUUCUUUCUUGUCGCGGGGAUGCACUGGUGGCGUUUGCGCCGGGUUUCUCGCGCUGAGAAAGCUCCGAGUAGAGCUGUGCCCAGGUCGUAUUGCUCAGAGGACAUGCCAACAGGAUGUGACGGGGAUCUCAAGGGUAGAG